GUAAAAGCAUUCAUUUUCUAGUUGAGGAAGAAGCCGAACGCUGUUGGGAACAAAGAAAAUCGCAUCGCAGAAGAAUGGCGAAUGCGCUCAGCUGCGGGCCGGCUUUCAUUUUGCUGUUGUUUGUGUCGGACCUGGUAUCGGGGCAAAUUCACUACUCGAUUCCCGAGGAACUGGAGCAAGGCGCCUUUGUUGGGAAUAUCGUGAGAGAUUUAGGACUAAACGUUGAGAAAUUAUCGGCUCGCAAAUUCCGACUGGUCUCUGAUGACAGCGGUCAGUAUCUGAAGGUAAAUUUUGAAAAUGGGAUUUUAUUUGUGAAUGAAAGAAUCGACAGAGAAGAGCUGUGUGGACAGAGCCCGACCUGUUCCCUUUCCUUUGAAGCAGCGGUUGAUAAUCCGUUGGAAAUGCAUCGAAUUGAAGUAGAGAUUGUGGAUAUUAAUGACAAUUCCCCCAAAUUUCCAAAAAAAGAAUUUUACUUACAGAUUGGUGAAUCGAUUGCACCAGGAGCGAGCUUCCCUCUCGAGAGCGCGCAUGAUUCUGACGUGGGCGUGAAUACAAUCAGCACUUACCAGAUCAGUUCUAACGAUUAUUUCGGCCUGAAUGUGCAGACGAGAAGCGAUGGUGGUAAAAUUGUGGAGUUAUUGUUAGAAAAAGCUUUGGAUCGGGAAAAGGAGUCAAUGUUUCAGCUUGUCCUGACGGCCAUUGAUGGUGGCAACCCGCACAGGUCUGGCACAGCUGAGAUCAGUGUCACUGUGCUGGAUGCCAAUGAUAAUGCACCUAUCUUCGACCAUGACAUAUACAGGGCAAGUGUAUCAGAAAAUGCACCGAAGGGGACCUCAGUGACAAAAAUAAACGCUGCUGAUUUGGACACCGGCACAAAUGCUGAGAUAAAAUAUAGCUUUUCCAGUCAUUCUUCCGAAAGGGGGCGCGAGAUUUUCGUGUUGGAUUCGGAAAAUGGUGAGAUAAAAGUUCAAGGAGUUCUCGAUUUUGAGGAAUCAACUGUUUUUGAACUCUAUGUACAAGCGACAGACAAUGGUGCAUUACCAAUGAUGGGCCAUGCCAAAGUUGUAGUCAAACUAAUUGACAUGAAUGAUAACGCUCCUGAGAUAAAACUGAGUUCUAUAUCACGUGUAGUCCCAGAAAAUUCUGUACCUGGAACUGUGGUGGCUUUAAUAAGUGUAUCGGAUCGAGAUUCUGUUCAAAACGGACAAGUUCACUGCAAGGUUCCUAUGAAUAUCCCAUUUCGACUUGAAAAGUCUCCCAACAACCAAUACAAGUUGGUUGUGCGUGAGGCACUGGAUCGAGAGAAAGAAUCAUCGUAUAACAUCUCCAUUCUCGCCUGGGACGGAGGAACGCCACCGCUGUCUGCCAACAGAACUAUAUUAGUGUCACUUUCUGAUGUGAAUGACAACGCUCCAGAGUUCACGCAAUCUUCCUAUAACGUUUACCUGAUGGAGAACAACACUCCCGGGGCCUCCAUAUUUGCAGUGACCGCUUUAGAUCCGGAUGUGGACCAGAACGGGGAAAUCUCCUAUUCAGUUGUGGAGAACCAGAUCCAAGACGUGUCUGCCACCGCUUACAUCAGUAUCAGCUCCAAGAGCGGAAAUAUUUACGCACUGCGCUCCUUUGACUAUGAACAACUGAAGCAUUUCCAGAUCAAAGUUCAAGCUCAGGAUGGUGGGUUUCCCCCAUUGACCAGUGUUGCCCUCGUGAAUGUUAUAAUCCUGGAUCAAAAUGACAAUGCGCCAUUCAUUGUUUCACCUGUAACAUGGAACAACUCCACAGCAGUGGAGAUACCACUACGGUCAACAUACCCAGGUUAUUUAGUCACUAAGGUGUUGGGUACUGAUGCAGAUUCUGGUCAGAACGCACGGCUUUCCUAUCAGCUGAUGGACGCCACUGAUCCAAGUCUGUUCAGUGUGGGGCUGCUCACUGGAGAGAUCAGAACACUGCGAAGAUUGUUGGAGGAAGACGCCACCACACAGAGUCUGGUCAUUUUGUUGAAGGACAAUGGGCAGCCCAGCCUGUCCAGCACGGCCACUCUCCUCUUCUCACUGCUAUCCAAUGUCACUGAUAUUUUGCCUGAACCAAGUGACCGAUCCAACAAUCGGGAAUAUUUAUCGAAUCUAAAUCUUUAUGCUAUCGUCGGUUUAGGAUCAACUUCCCUUAUAUUUCUUGUCACUAUAAUUCUGCUGGUCGCCAUCAAGUGUAAACAAGAUAGAAGUUUUACAGAAGGAUACAGCUCCACAGUUGGUUGUUGUUUGGGUCAGGGAAUUUCUGAGGAUAACAUUAAUCGAAGGGCUGCAUCACGUCAAGCUGUAAAUUAUUCUGGGGUUGGAGCUGGACCUUACCAUUACAGCAUUUGCUUAUCUCCAGAGUCAUCCAAGAGCGAAUUUCUAUACCUCAAACCCUACACUGCCACGUUGCCAUACAGUGAAGUCAGUGUUAAUAAUACAACUGCCAGGCACGAAUUUAAACAAUAA